CGGUCAUGCGAUAUGGGUAUGUGUGCCUCAUCCUUCCAGCAGAUACCUUACCGCGAUCACCCCACCUACUUUACCGCCAUUAUGUAUUUUCCCGCUAUCGGACAAUUUCCCGCCAUCUGCGACCGCGACCGCGACCGCCAAAGGGAUGGACUGCGUCUCUCCCCCAUAGGAAUCUUCUGCCUCUCUCCUGCCAUAGCAGCAGCAGAAACGAGAGCAUGAUCCAUAGAUUGGAGGCGGCUGGAGUAGGAGUAGGAGGAGGAGGAGGAGGAGGAGGAGAAGACGGUGUAGAAAGGAGGAGGAGGAGGGAGAAAGAGGAGGAGGAGGAUGAAAGAGGAGAGUGUGGGAGGGGAAGCGAGCAGGAGGAGGAGGGAGAAAGAGGAGGAGGACGAAGGAGGAGAGUGUGGGAGGGGAAGCGAGCAGGAGAAGGGAAGAGGUGGAAUAUAGUGGGGAAGGAGAAGGUGCAGGGAGGAGGAGGAGGAGGAGGAAUGUACAUCACUCUUGGCGUUGUGUGGGGGCGAGCCGAGGCCGGAGAAAGGCUUACGAAAAAAAUGGCAGGAGCAAUGGUGGUGGACCCCCAGGAGAAGGAGAUUCACAGCAGUAGGCACCUUAAGGGAAUGACUGAUGGGCAUCCUUUCAGACCGACCCUCGCUGCAGCUAAGGGUAUUGGUGACGAUACCACCAAUCUUGUAGUCAUGGACUUAACUUCUCCUGCGUACAUGGUGUGGGGCGCCACGACCGACGUAGGCAAGACGGUCGUAUCUGGAGGGCUUGCAGCUGCUGCACUCAGAUCUAGAAGCCCAUCUGCAUCUGCGGCGGAAAGACAUGUUACGUAUGUCAAACCCGUCCAGACUGGGUUUCCUGCUGACUCGGACUCGCGGGCAGUUUAUACGUCGGUUGUGAAGAUGAUGAUGGCGAGGAAUGGGGAUGGCGUUGAUGGAAUUGUAACGCCAUCUGCUACUUCGAUGGAACCGCGGUUACCAUCAUGGUUAUCGGAGACCUCGGCGCUGACUGAAAUGUCUGUGUGGCAACAGUCAGUGGGCAGAGAGGGGGAGGGGGAGGGGGAGGCCCAGGCUGCUUGUGCCACUCGUCAGGAGGACACGCGUUUGUUCUUAGAGUGUCUCACCUUGUGGGCAUGGAAAAAUCCGGUAUCCCCCCAUUUAGCGGUAGAAAUGGAGGGGGGUCUGAUUAAGGAUGAGACAGUGGUGGAGGGGGUGAAGAAUGUGCUUUGGCACUUUGCAAGGCAGGGAAAGGGGCAGGGGCAGGGGAAGGGGAAGGGUGGCUUGACCUGUCCAGGUGCAGAUCAUGAGCAUGGAGAAGAAUUAAGGAGGCCUGUACGUCAGGAUUCUUCUGGCAGCUUGUCAAUUGUGGAGACAGCUGGGGGUGUGGCGAGUCCUGGACCAUCUGGGACACUCCAGUGUGAUUUGUAUAGGCCCUUGCGGAUGCCCGCAUUGCUGGUGGGUGAUGGGAGAUUGGGAGGUAUUUCCACAACGAUCUCCUCGUAUGAAUUGCUGCGCCUUAGAGGGUACGAUGUCGACGCAGUUGUCAUGAUUGACUACGGACUAGGCAAUGCCGCAGCCGUACGCAGGCAUCUUCCCGCAAGCAUAGUUGUUGUGGACCUGCCACUGUUGCCUGCUGCUGCUGAUUCUUCUCCGGACCCUCUGGAUGUAUGGUUGUUAGAAACAGAGGGCAGGUUCAUGGAUCUUCUUGACAGCCUCAAGAGAGCUCAUCAGAGUAGAAGGGCUCGGAGGGAAGAGCUGGCGCGCACGGCCACCGAGAUUCUAUGGUGGCCAUUCACCCAGCACGGGCGGAUGAGGGAGGAGGAUGUCACAGUCAUUGACUCCAGGCUUGGAGAUAGCCUUGCAGUUUGGAGAAGAGUUCCCCAUGUGAGCAGCAGAGUUGAUCGCAGGGACCAGAGUGGAGGGGGAGGCGAUAAAGAUGAUGAUGAUGAGGAGGGCGAGGACCUGAUCGUUAAGCAGUUUGAUGGGUGUGCAAGUUGGUGGACUCAAGGGCCCAAUCUCCGUCUUCAGCUGCAGUUAGCUCAGGCAGUAGGCCGUGCGACGGGGCGGUAUGGCCAUGUGAUGUUUCCAGAAGUUGCCAAUGAACUUUCUGUGAAGUGUGCAGAAAUGCUUCUUGCUGGAGUGGGGAAGGGGUGGGCAAGAAGAGUCUUUUUCUCGGACAACGGGUCCACGGCGGUCGAGGUGGCGCUGAAGAUGGCGUUCCGAAUGUAUGCCAUCGAGCGGGGACUGAUUCGCUCAGGUCGGCAGCUUGGAUCUUCAUCUGACUUGCAGAUUCUGGGGCUGACAGGCUCUUAUCAUGGGGAUACCCUGGGCGCGAUGGACGCACAGGCGCCCAGCGUGUUCAACGGCUUCUUGCAGCAACCGUGGUAUUCGGGGAGGGGUGUUUUUCUAGAGCCACCGAAAGUCGAAUACAAAGCAGGUCUUUGGAGGAUCAAGGUUCCGCCGGCCUAUGGCGAUGGCAUAAAAGCUGGAGAACUUGGCGAUGAUGACAUUCAAGGGGUUUGCUGCUUUUCCUCCAGGGAUGAAGUGUUCGACUUGGGACGCCGUAAUGCAUCACCCCUCGUGACCAUUUACAGGAAGUUCAUCGACAGCAGCUUGCAGAAGCAUGAUGAUCAUCAAAGAGCACCACCGGAGGGUCCUCGGGUUGCGGCCUUGAUAAUCGAAACUGUUCUUCAUGGGGCUGGAGGCAUGGAGAUGAUUGACCCCUUGUUCCAGAACGUUCUCGUUGGUGAGUGUAGGAAACGUGCGAUUCCUGUCGUCUUUGACGAGGUUUUCACGGGGUGCUGGCGGCUGGGAAGAGAAUCAUCCAUGGAGCUCUUAGGCUGUGUUCCUGACAUUGCCUGCUAUGCGAAGUUGAUGACCGGUGGCGUUGUUCCACUGGCAGCGACGCUGGCGACGGGCUGUGUUUUCGAUGCAUUUAAAGGGGACAGCAAGAUUGAAGCGCUCUUGCAUGGCCAUUCGUAUUCCGCACACCCAAUCGGCUGCAGUGCAGCCAUCGAGGCUUUGUCGUCGUUUUCCAACCUGGUGGUGAACCCGAACUACGUGCCUGACAAGCACCAACUGCAGGAGUUAUGGGACGUGGAACUACUCAGAGAAGCAUCGUUUCUCGGCAACAUCAACCGUGUUACUGCAAUUGGGACUGUCUUUGCAGUGGAGUUAUCAGUGAGCGAUGAAGCAUCGUCUGGCUAUGCCUCUUGGUCAAGCGCUGACAUCAUCCCAAAGCUCCGGCAAAAAGGGAUCUUUGCACGGCCACUUGGCAAUGUCAUCUAUGUGGUUGUCACGCCAACCACACCUCCUGGGAAAUGUUCAUGGCUUCUUCAGUCUGUGAUUGAUCUACUGAGAUCUGUAGAUUAGACGGAUCCAUGUUGAUUAGCCAUUCGUUGGGGUCAGGCGCACACCCGAAAGGGCGUCAUAUUUCAGGUCAACCAUUCAUUGAACGAGAGACACGCCCAGAAAGGUGUCAUGCUUCCCACAUAGCAAAGGGAGAGAAGGGGAGUGAGAAUUGAUUCAGGCCCACAAGGACCUGUUUUCUUUUUUUUUAUGGAAAAAGAAGAAAAAAAAAGAAUCAGAUGCACACCCAGAGAGAUGUCAUGUCAUGUUCCGGACAGAGCAAAGGGCGAGAAGAGGAGUCCAGAAGAUUAGUCCAAAACCUUCUAAGGCCCAAACCUCCAUCUCUCACAUUCUCUGUCCUCCUCGCCUUGCUUUACCCCCAAGAGGCUGUUGAUUAGCUAUACAUAUGGCAGUAGCCCUGCUGUUGCAUCUGCAUUCCUUCUUCUUCUUCUUCUUCUUCUUUUAAGGACCAAAAUUUUGGACCAUUUCUCGAUUUAUGUGUGUCCUCCUUGGAAAGCAGCGGUCAUGCUAAUCUUCUCUGUAUCGUUCCAAUUUUCCCAACUGUCUGCAUUCCACCAGCCUGCUUUUUCGACGAGCUUUGUGACGAAUAGCCCACUUCAUUUCUUGUAUGUGUCUUUAGCACUCUUUACUCUGAUUCGAUAGAACGUUACUUUUGUAAUCCAGGUCCAUCCCAUUGACCUGGGGGAGGUCCAUGUAAUCCAGGUCCAUCCCAUUGACCUGGGGGAGGUCCAUGUAAUUGGCUCUGAGUCAUCACUAUGCAAGUUCUGUAAACAAAACAAAUGGACGACA